AUGUUCCGCAAGGUGCAGGCACACCGCUCGCACGCGACUUCUCUGGCAUUUGGCGUGGCACCGGCGCCGGGGAUGCAGCAGCUUCCCUCGCCUGUGGCGAGGAUGGUGGUGGACAUGGUAGCUGAUUUAGAUGACGACAAGCCCGUCAAGUCGACCACAAAGAAUAAACUGAGGCAGUACCGCCAUGCCAUGAACAAUAUUUACGAUGCCUGUGUGUAA